AUGAGAUUUCCUAUCGAAUCAACCUCGAAAAACAAGCUGCGUUUAGACAUAGCAAUAUGCUCUCUCGUUGCUCUUACAUUCAUACUCAUCAUUGCCAGAGUAGCCAACAAAGGCACGCCAUCAACAAGAUCUAAUACAUGGGGAAUUGCAGUAUGUCUAAAAUCUGCUGUCUUUCUUGCAUACCAACUUGUGACGGGGCACGUGACUCGCUUCAAAAGAUGGGGAAGCACCAAAGUGAACAAGAUUCUCACGAUUAUUGAUACGGUGUUCUGGUUUGCAUUGUUUAUAAUUACUAUUUUGGGGACUUCUUCCUCACAUAGUACGAGUAGUCGGGCCUUGGGUGCUAUUGUCAUCAUAUUGGCAUUGGUUUUAUGUGCUUUGGAUUGCGUUCAGAGCUAUAUUUGCAUCCGUAUUCGGAAGCACUACAAGCUCUAUGGCGUACUUCCAGAAGAGGGAGCAAUGAAGAACUCGGGUUCUGUUUGA